UUGUUUACGGUGCUGGCUUCUAUAUUCAUAACAUGCGGAGGUGCUAGCACGUUAUCACGUACUUGUCCUCUUGCUAUUUUUAGAGUUCAGAUUGUGAGAAAUACAGUGUCUUUAUUAAAAGUAUAUACUGGCACGUUAUACAUAGCACAAUAAUAGUUUUCGCUUGCAGUUUAACAGAAAAGAGUUCCGAUUGUAUCAACAAUGAGUAAGCUGUGCAGGCAAGUUUCGAUAGAGUCUCCUGGACCUACACUGAAGGAUUGCGUCUUUAGUUUCGACGUGCCGGUACCAGAUGUGCCGAUGUAUGGAGCCAGGAUCAGGGUGGUGUAUGCCGGCGCAUGUUAUCGCGUCAACCGCACUCGCUCUGCAUCCGUGUGCAGUACAUCGUCUGUUUCAUCAAUGAGCAGUCUUACUGGUGAAAUGGAAGGUCUCGGUAUCCAGGGCUCCUCUCCUGCGCAUAUAGGACUUCGAGAUGGGGCGCUGUUUCCCGGUUAUGAAGUUGCGGGAAUCGUGGAUGCAAUUGGAGAAGCUGCCGAGCGUCCAUUUGGCUUCACUGAAGGAACGCGAAUAGUAUUAUUCCCAUACGAAGGUGUACCACAUGGAUAUGCCGACUACAUUGUCGUGCCUGAUUUCAAAUGCCUUGUUCCGAUUCCGGGCGAUCUCCCUCUGAGUGUGGCCGCAAUGCUUCCGACGGGCGCAUUGCUCGCAAGUAACUCGGUGGAUACUGCAAUCCAAUGCUUAAAAACUUUGCUCGACGGCCCAAACAAAAAAGAUAAAGCCACUGUACUGAUAGUUGGCACUGGUGGCUUAGCUUUAUGGGCUUUGCGUCUAGCCUCCCACCAUUUUAAACUGUGCAAAUAUCAUAACCGGAUUCGUAUUUCCGUAGCGACUCUUAAAGAUGAAGGUUUUGCCUUAGCGAAAGAAAGUGACCAAAUCAGCGUGGUACAGUGGAGUGAAGAUUUGUACGAACGUCAGCUGAUCGAGCGCACGAAUGACGCGUGCGGCGGUCCCGUUGAUAUUGUGCUCAACUUCGGCACUACCUCGCGGUCCCUGCACCGCUCGCUUCAAUGCCUCGCUCCGGGAGGAAUGGUUCUCGUAACUGAGGAUGUCGGGGAAAAAUUGAUGCCGAAAUUCGCAAAGAAAGCCGAAGAGUUGAAGGUGCACAUUGUGGUGGUACCGAACGGCACCAUCGAACAAUUGAGGGAGUUGGUAUUUUUGGUCGCGCGUGGUGAUGUCGAGCCGCCGCCACAUUCAGUGUUCCCAGCGGAGGAAGCUCAGGAGGUAGUCCGCAAGCUGUGCAACUCUGAAAUCGAGGGGCGUGCCAUCUUGAAAUUCCACGAUGUGGAUUAAACGCAGACUCGUCGUUUCCAGUAUUAUUUAACGACCAAAUAUUUAGUUUAAGCAUUAUAUUGACAACGCAUACAAUAUCUUGAGUAAUAAACUCAGCAUAUUAUCGCUUCAUUAACUUAGUAUAUAUACCUUGUCUUAAUAUUCAAUAUUCAUAUGUUUAAGUAAAUAUCCCUUUUUCUUAUCAAAUAUAAUGUUUUAAUAUGGGAUGGCAUGCACUUAAUCAAUUUUCGAUCUGUUUUACAUACAUUUGUAAUUCAAGUAUACGAUGAACGUAAUAAUCGUACGUAAUUUUCACCAAUAUUAAUUUUGUUUGUUUUGUAAGUAUUACGUUAUAUCCCUAUCCCUACAUAUUUUUCUGAUAUAUUAAUAAAGUGGCCACAAUAUAUAAUUAAAUUGCCAAAUUUUCUAUAUAAACUUCGUAUUCGUUUUCUAAAUAAUUUCAGUAAUUUAAUUUUUCUCAUGAAAUUCGCAGUUACCAGGUCAAAGAUUUUCUUUAGUAAUUAUUUUUAAAUAAUGCUCAAAAGUGUGGAAAUAAUUAUGUAUAAUUUUGUGUUUAAUUUGACAUUUUGUCAGUAAAAUAUAAGGAUAUUUUUCGAUUUUACUUUUACGUAUUAAACUUAGAUAGGAUUGUUUGGUAACCUUAUGUAUAACCCAGCCAAAUGUAUCCUUUAAAGAGACUUUCUUAUUAGCAUUAGUUUAUCGUAGUUUAAACACCUAUGAACAUUAACGAGAACAAAAUAUGUUUGAAUAUAAUCUUUAAGAACUCAGAAUUCAAUGACACAGGACCUUUAGAAUAUUCUUUUUAUAUUUAGAACUUUUAUCUCUUAUAUCUACAUAUAGGAUUUUUUCUACGCGAUAUACCUAACUUUUACUCAAUUUUGUAAUAAGGACAUUUGAAAUUUAUAAGAUUGCAUAAAUAACUGCCAUAUUCUGAAGAAACCGAAUUACGUACAAAGUAUUUUGAAUAUAACCACUUUUUUGGAUAUUGUGUUUUUUUAAUUGAAUAAUGGACACGCACAAUAGUUAAAGCUUUAAAGUAUUUUUUACUAUUUUAUUUUAUGUGCAAUAAAAAUUUGUUUUCCUUAAUGUCACGUAAUAAUGAAAUAGCAUA